GUAGUAAACUUGGCGCAUGCGUAGAAAUAUACGUAAGGGGGAGGGGCGCGCACGGCUCAAAACGAGACGACGACCAGCAGCAGCAGGCUGCCUUGUCAGUCAGCAGACUUAUUUUAUUUGACACGUUUUGGUGAGAGGCCAGGACGAGUUUAAGUGGCAUCUACACCGGGCACACCAAGAAAGCAGCAGUUAUGGACAAGGUUGACAUGUCAUUAGAUGAUAUUAUUCGUCUCAACAAAAAAGAGCAGAAAUUGAACAAGAAACAAGGGACCGUGAAUCGCAGACCAGUCAAGAAGAAAGGCCGUUUAAUGCAAGGGAAAGGUGUCAAGCCCAGAUCUGCUCCCACCACUCAGAGGGGAGUUGGUUUGUCUCAAAGAGGGGGGCCUAAACUCAACAGAAAGGUGCCUAACCUCCCAGCGCGGAGACGGGGACAGGCCCCGGGGGUCGUUACUGGGUUGGCAUCCCGCAGGACCGGGGCGCUGCUUAAACGAUUGGGGACGAUCAACAGAACAGCAGCAGGAUCUCAGGGGAAACGAGGUUUCUUAACGAGGGCAAAAACAAGGCCUUUUAUUCAAAACACUGUCAGUACAAACCAGUACAGGAAACCAGAGGGGCAGCGGAAGACCUACAGACAGCCAGAACCACAAAGGAGUCCGAAUCCUUCUACAGUGAAAAGGCCUUUCCAGCUUAGACGGAGACCUUUGCCUUCGCUCCAGACUCAAAGGGAUGCACGCCAAGCCACAUUUCUGUUCCGCAGAGGACUUAAGAUUCAAGCUCAAGUCCAAAAACCAAAUCCUCCAGUCAGGAGUCGACAGUGGCGUACAUCUACCAAUAAUGGAAUUCUGACAGUAUCCAUCGACAAUCCAUCUGCCAGAACUCAACCAGAGCCUCCCACAGCCUACACACUGCAUCCUCCCGCUGUAAGAACUGCCCCAGUCAAGCUUGAGACAGUGGAAAAAAAGAUCCCCAAAGGAGUGGCCCUGCAGUUUGAUAUCAACAGUGUUGCAAAGCCACAGACGUCCAUGACUUUAAAUGAGCGUUUCCGGAUCCUUAAGGACCAGCGCACGGCUAAAGCACAGCACGCUAAAGGCAAUCGCUUUGUGACUGUAGGCUGACAGACGAUUUGAGCCAAAGCCUUUCUCCGUACUGACACUCGGUGACCCAGCCUCCAGUGGACUCUUCAAACAGCACAGAGUGACUCAUGGACUUUAAGGAGUGAUCGGAGUCUUGGACAGUGCAAUUGUCCGUGUUGUGCUCACCUUUUUGUCUUGUGGAUGUUGAGUUACUAAGGGAUCCUCCCAACACUAAAGACACUGUUACUGGCUUUUUGUGGGUCCUAUUUUUAUGGAAAUUGCAAAUUGUUUUAUACAUUUCACCAAGGAACUAAAAAAUGUAUACAGUUUUUCUAUUUCCAGUUUCACUGGAUCAGUAGCUACAGAAGUAGAAUUCAACAAGGGCACAAGAAGUCCAGCAGAUUUGGAAUCUGAAUAUUGCUUUUAUUUUAAAUACAUUAAAAUUUGCAAUGUAACAAAACUAUUGGCAUAUGAAAUUCAAACACCUUUGAAUGAACGAA